AUGGAUUUUCUUCGAUGCGGUAUUCAUGGAUUCCAUGAGGUUCUCGGCAUCGACGCCGAUGAAAUACGUUUCUACUGGGCAUUGAGAAAUGACCAGGCUCAGGCGAUCCAAACUGCGUAUCGACUGAUUCUCUCCACAGACUCAAAGGGUCUCGAAUGCGACAGUCCUGAUCUCUCCUCCCUCGCAUGGGACUCCGGCCGCAUUGAAAGUAAUGAGCAGCGAAAUAUCCUCUGCAAACCUUCUGAUGGCUUCAAGUCGACAUGCAGUUAUUAUUGGAAAGUGACAAUAUGGGACCAGAAUCAGCACCCCUUCUCUAGCUCAAUCCAGCACUUCUUCACAGGGUAUCCCCGAUCGCGGCUUUUGCCUCCCUAUAGCAUGAACCAAACAUACAUGCCGCAUUCAAGUCUCAUCUUCCGCACAUGGUUCGAGGACGAGACGAACCGGUGGAAAGCCGUUUGGAUCGGCGACGGAGGGGAUAAGCCUAUUUACCUGCGGAAAUGUUUCAAGCUUGCAAGAUCACCGACGCGAGCCAUCCUGUUCGCCUCUGGUUUGGGUCACUUCAAUAUGAGUGUUAAUGGCAACCCUGCCUCAAACCAUCGUCUAGACCCAGGAUGGACCAACUACCACAGAAGAGUCCAAUUCACCUCUUACGAUGUGACCGACAGGCUUGAUGCCGGAGAGAAUGUCCUGGGCGCCCAUGUGGGCAAUGGAUUUUACGCUGGUGACAAAGGAGGAGAUGAUCGCUUUUUCUGGCCGAUGUACGAAGAUAAUACUUACGUCCGGUAUGGAAAUGAGCUUUGCUUCUUCUGCGAGCUGCAUCUCUUCUAUGAAGAUGGAACACACGAAACCAUGAUUUCGGACCCCGCUUGGUCAGUCCGGAAGAGCGCGACAACACUGGCGAAUAUUUAUGCAUCGAACCACGAUCGACGGCUAUACCCCGCAAACUGGGACACACCCGAAUUUGAUGUCAGUAGCUGGACACCUGCGAAACCAUUGACAGGGCCUCGGGGGCAUCUCUUUUAUCAAACUCAGCCGCCCGUCGUGCUUCAUGAAACGUUCGAGCCUGUCAACACAUACAGCCCUAGACCUGGAGUGGUGUGUUUCGAUCUUGGUCAGAAUGCAUCAACAAUGGUGAAGAUAGUGGUCGAAGGGCCGGCUGGUUCUGAGAUUGUUGUCCGAUACUCCGAGACUGUGAAGGAAGACGGAACCAAUCUUAUGCCGGACCCACUAUUUAAAGAAUUUGAGACUGGAGUCUUUUCCAAGAUUUACCUUGCUGGUACAGGCCAGCCAGAGACCUGGGGGCCUGAUUUCUGUUUCACCAGUGCGCGUUGGAUUCAGGUGGAAGGGGUAUCGCUCAAUGCAGACGAUGGUCUCCCAGUCAUCCACUCCGCUGUGGGUCGCCACAUUUCCUCCGCAGCUAGGAAGCUCGGCACCAUGAAGACAGACAAGGAAGACAUGAAUUCUCUUCUGAAUGCCCUCUACUGGACCUUCAGCAGUAACCUUUUCAGCUAUCACACCGAUUGUCCUCAAAUCGAAAAGUUUGGCUGGUUGGAAGUCACUCACCUCCUCGCACCUGCAACUCAAUACAUCCGAGACAUGGAGUCACUCUACACCAAGAUUCUCGACGACAUCCUUGAUGCGCAGGAACCGAGUGGCCUUGUUCCUACCAUGGCCCCUGAGAUUCGGUACAUGUGUGGCCCGCUUCAUGACACGAUUACUUGGGGCUGUGCAUUGUGUUUGUUACCUGACAUUCUCCUGCGCUAUUACGCAUCUACACAUGUCAUUGCGAAAGUAUUCCCAGGUGCAGUGCGGUAUAUGGAGUACAUGUAUGGCAAAGAACGCAAGGGCGGCUUAAUUGAACAUGGCCUUGGAGAUUGGGGCCGUGAAAUUGCCUUCGGAAACCAUCAAGCCAAUAUCGAGACGGCAAUUUACUACAAGUGUCUCCAAUGCGUGGGGAUGAUGGCUCGUCAGCUUGGAAAGAUGGAAGAAGCGGAACGGUUCAAGGUAUGGGCUGCGCGGAUCUACGACGUAUACAACCGCCAUCUUCUUGUAAAUGAUGACACGUCGCGUCCAUACGUGUAUUACACGUCACAGGAUAACUUCCCUUCUCGCGACCGCACUGCUAUUGCCCAGGCAAUGGCCCUACAGUUUGGCUUGGUUCCUGCUGAACACAAGAAGGACGUAAUGGCCGCGUUCCUUGAUGAUGUGUCAGAUAGGAAGAUUCGGGCAGGCGAGAUCGGACUGCGAUUCCUAUUUAACACUCUCGCUGAUGCGAAACGACCUGACCUCGUGCUACAAAUGGUUAGACAGGAAGAACAUCCCUCCUAUAUGCGCUUCCUUCGCCGUGGGGAGACCACGUUGCUAGAAUUCUGGCAGGAUGAGUGUCGCAGCAAGUGUCAUGAUAUGCUGGGGACUAUUUAUGAAUGGUUCUAUAUCUAA